AUGACCGGCUUGUUGAACACUUUCACGACUGCACGAGGAAGACUACGAGUUGAAAACCAUCAAGACACAGGGGCGAUAAAGGAAGACACUGAAGAGAGAAGAGCAAAAGUGCUGGCUGAAGCUGCAGAGGCGGGCAUAAGCAUCCACUAUGUCCGUCGAGACUACGCUAGUCGCAAGACGAGUAUGACUGCUCUCCUGAAUCCAAAGGGAACAACCAUUGCUUCGAGAAGGGGAAUGGAGAAAAUCAUCUACGACUCCUACUCUGAUCUCUUUGACAGCCAUGUCCACUUGCCUCCUCACCGUCUGAGGGAAGACGGACAUGUCAUUCCAGAGGUUCCUCGUGCAAAGUACGAAACGCUAUCAUGUCGAAACUUCCGCCAGUUCUUAUCAAAACUCUGGCGAGACUCUUUAUACGUUACCUCGGAAUUCAAAACUCCUAACCAGUGGAAGACGAGCAAGACAGUGUUGUUGUACAAGAAGGGUGAUCAACAUGACAUUGGCAACUAUCUCCCAGUCUGCUUACUAUCUGUCAUUCAGAAGCUCUUUACAGAAGUGAUCCUUAUCAGGAUUGAGAAGAUGUUAGAUGAAGCCAUGGGAGCAAGCAGGGUUUCGUAA